GAUUCAACUUAACUUUAGUUAACUCAUGUUGGCAAUUCACGGUCAUGUUCCUCAGAUACUACCUGUAUCACGCCUGCCUACCUACAUUCACAAAUGCAUGUUUAAGGCAAGAACAUGCGGAGGUACGUACUGCGAUAGCGGGCAAGAUUUCAAACGAGACCAAUCGAUCAUUUGAGUGUAUUACAAGCCGAGCUACCGGAGAAAUAUUCAAUCCAUAAGUACCUAGAAUAACCUCGCUAGAGUCCAUACCAUAUACGAUCCCCUGAAGCUUCACGAUUUCAUCGUCUUUAAUCUUUAAUCUAGGAUAAACCCAUAAAUUGCAUGACAUCUACCAAUAUCACCCUGUUGCUUUCCUGCUCUAGUUAUGUGAAGUUGAUCAAACCUCGUUGUCCUAUCAAUAUUAUUCUUCUCUCAAAUGUCUCCUGGUUCUCCUCCUAGGGUAUGGCGCAAGAUCGAAAGGGACCCUUCAAGUAAACUCAACGUUAUUAUUGUUGGCGCCGGACUGGGUGGUCUAGGUGCAGCUAUUUCCAUACUCCUAGCAGGUCACGAUGUGACAGUGCUCGAGAGCGCGUCUGAGAUUGGCGAAAUAGGGGCCGGCAUUCAGGUAUUACCCAAUUCUUCGAGGAUUCUAAUCUCCUGGGGGCUCGAGGAUAAAGUUGCCAGCCAUGUCACAAUGCCCCGAUACGCCAACAUGAUCGGCUGGAAGGGAAAUCACCUAUCAAGAAUGGACCUCCAUGCCUAUGCCGAUGCCCUGGGAACCCCUUUCUGGGACUUCCAUAGAGCAAACCUACAUCGCUGCCUCCUAGACCGGGCUGUCGAGCUAGGAGCCAAAGUUAUUGUCAAGUCGAGAGUCACAGCCAUCGAAUAUGCUCAAGACGGGUUAACAGCAACCGCUGUGUUAAGUGAUGGUAAGGCUAUGUCUGCGGAUUUGAUAGUUGGUGCAGAUGGCAUCUCAUCACGAUUACGUGAGCUUCACCUCGGAAAGCCGGACCCUCCUCUGCCCACAGGAGAUCUAGCAUACAGACUACUCAUUAACGCCAAAGAGAUGUUGGCUGAUCCUGAGUUACGGCAUUUCAUUGAAGAUCCUCAGGUGAACUACUGGAUAGGACCCGAUGCCCAUGCUGUUAACUAUGUUCUCAGGGGUGGGGAGUUAUUUAAUAUGGUCUUAUUGGUCCCUGAUGACAUGCCCGAAGCAGCCAUGACCGUGGAUGGAAACGUAGAAGAGAUGCAAGCCUUAUACCAAGGAUGGGAUCCGAGAAUAGGCAAGAUUUUGAGGCUCUGCGACUCGGUUCAAAAGUGGAAACUCUGUAUUCGGCCCACUCUUGAACGAUGGACUCACGAAUCAGGCACUUUUACAUUGUUAGGCGAUGCUGUUCAUGCGACUCUCCCAUAUCUUGCCAGCGGUUGUGGCAUGGCUUUGGAAGACGCAGCAGCGAUAGGCCUUUGUCUAGCAAAGCUGACAAAUAAAUCACAAGAGCAGAAACGACGUGCACUUCGAGUAUACGAAGAAUGCCGAAAGGAGAGAACCGAGAAGGUAGUGGAAAGGGGUAAUAUCCAGCAACAUCUGUACCAUAUCCACGAUGGAGAAGAGCAAAAAGAAAGAGACAAGAAACUCAAGAUGUUUGGGGACAUUGAUGAGCAAUUAUUCAAAACACCAAAAGCACUUAUUCAGCCACGACAGGACUCGGGCGAUGAUCCGUUGCCGUGGAGGUAUCAUGGCGUUGGGGGCUGGUUACUGACAUAUGAUGUUGAGAUGGAUGUAGAACAAAAGUGGGAGCAAAUCCAGGACGUCGCUAAGGCACGCCCACUUCUAUAGAGCGGCGAUGUCUGCGUAACCUGCCUGCCUACUAAUUUAACCUAGCUAUAUCUCAAUACCCCAAUGAACCUAAAGUUCCUAACAU